AUGGAAGAGUUAAUAGUUGAGCUGCGCCUGUUUCUUGAACUUCUGGACCAUGAAUAUCUAACUUCCACUGUCAGGGAGAAAAAGGCAGUAAUAACUAACAUUCUCCUGAGGAUACAGUCAUCAAAAGGUUUUGAAAUAAAAGAACAUGUACAGAAGCAAGAAGUUGCCAACAGUUUGCCAGCACCUCCUCAAAUGCCUCUGCCAGAAAUACCUCAGCAGUGGCUGCCACCAGAUAAUGGGCCUCCACCAUUACCAACAUCUUCCCUUCCCGAAGGCUAUUAUGAAGAGGCAGUGCCACUUAGUCCUGGAAAGGCUCCCGAGUACAUCACUUCCAAUUAUGACUCAGAUGCUAUGAGCAGCUCUUACGAAUCCUACGAUGAAGAGGAGGAGGAUGGAAAGGGGAAAAAAAUGAGACAUCAGUGGCCUUCCGAGGAGGCCUCUAUGGAUCUGGUGAAGGAUGCCAAAAUCUGUGCCUUCCUCCUUAGAAAGAAACGAUUUGGGCAGUGGACCAAACUACUGUGUGUUAUCAAAGAAAACAAACUACUGUGUUACAAAAGUUCCAAGGACCAGCAGCCCCAGAUGGAGCUGCUCCUGAAUGACUGCAGUAUCACGUACAUUCCCAAAGACAGCAAAAAGAAGAAGCAUGAGCUGAAAAUCUCACACCAAGGAGCGGAUGCCCUGGUUCUGGCAGUACAGAGCAAAGAGCAGGCGGAACAGUGGCUAAAGGUUAUAAAAGAUGUGUGCAGCAACUGUAUGGGAGCGGUAGACUCCGAUGGGCUGUUGUCUAGUUCUCCAGUACACAAGACAGAGCUGGAAAAGAAGUUGUCAUCUGAGAGGCCAAGCUCAGAUGGGGAAGGUGCUGUGGAAAAUGGCAUCACUACCGUGUGCAAUGGGAAAGAACAAGUGAAGAGGAAAAAAAGUUCAAAAUCAGAAGCCAAGGGCACUGUGACUAAAGUAACAGGGAAAAAAAUAACGAAGAUCAUUGGUUUAGGAAAGAAAAAGCCAUCAACAGAUGAACAGACCUCAUCAGCUGAAGAAGAUGUUCCAACAUGUGGAUAUCUCAACGUGCUCUCAAAUAACCGUUGGCGUGAGCGCUGGUGCAGAGUGAAAGAUAAUAAACUGAUUUUCCACAAGGACAGGACAGAUCUGAAGACACAUAUUGUUUCUAUCCCUCUCCGUGGCUGCGAAGUCAUCCCGGGACUGGAUUCGAAGCAUCCCCUAACCUUCCGCCUGCUCCGAAACGGGCAGGAGGUCGCUGUGCUCGAGGCAUCCUCCUCCGAAGACAUGGGCAGAUGGAUAGGAAUUUUGCUGGCGGAAACGGGGUCUUCGACAGACCCCGGCGCUCUGCACUACGACUACAUCGACGUGGAAAUGACGGCAAGCGUCAUCCAGGCUGCCAAACAGACGUUCUGUUUUAUGAACAGACGAGUUAUAUCUACAAAUCCGUAUCGGGGAAGCACUGCCAAUGGCUACGCCUGUCCGAGUGGAAUGGCACUUCAUUACGAUGAUGUUCCCUGCAUAAAUGGAUCGUUUAAAGGCAAGAAGCCUCCUGUGACUGCUAAUGGGAUCACCGGAAAAGGGAGAACUUUAAAUAGCCAGCCGAAGAAAUCUGAAUCGGUGUCAUGUGUGAAGCGCACCGCAUCCAAUGCGGAGCAGUACAAAUAUGGCAAGAAUCGUGUGGAGGCAGAUGCAAAGAGGUUACAAAGCAAAGAGGAGGAGCUGCUAAAGAGGAAAGAAGCGCUCCGGAAUAGGCUGGCCCAGCUCCGAAAAGAAAGAAAAGAUCUACGUGCUGCCAUUGAAGUCAAUGCUGGCAGGAAGACCCAAGUGAUUCUUGAAGACAAGUUAAAGAAGUUGGAAGAGGAGUGUAAGCAGAAGGAGGCUGAGCGUGUAAACUUGGAGCUAGAACUGACCGAGGUGAAGGAGAGCCUUAAGAAAGCCUUGGCUGGUGGCAUCACACUGGGCUUGGCUAUUGAGCCCAAGUCAGGAACAUCAAGCCCACAGUCUCCAAUUUUCAAGCACCGAACUUUGGAAAACUCUCCAAUCUCCAGUUGUGAUACCAGUGAUACUGAAUGCUCAAUACCUGUGAACAGCGCAGCAGCUCUGAAGCGACCUCCCUCGGCAAAUAAUUCUCCAUGUCGAGGCCAUGUCCUUCGAAAAGCAAAGUUAUGCGUGAGCCCAGGCCUUAUAGAUGUGGCUAAAGAAAGGGCGUCACACGAAUGGGAGAUGAAAAAUGGAACAUAAAUAUAGCAAAACCACUCACUUUCCAUAAAGGCCUUACCUGUUAUGGACCAAGACAUAGGCUGCAAAAGACUGAUCUGAAAGGUGGUAUCAAGCGAUACAACGUAAGAAAGAGGUUUUCUAAUUCUGUUAGGUUAAUGGUAGCUUGGCGCUAAUUUGCCUGUAUUCCCUCUACUGUAUUGCUGUGUAACUACGUGUGCCCCUUUUUAUUAGCCGUAACUCUUUAUUUCCAACUUCACUGGUAAAGAAAAUGAAAACCAAAAAAACCAAACCAACCAUAGUAAGUAAAAAGGAGCAUAAAGUCACAGUUGAAAGUUUACUUUGCUGAAACAGCAUAGACCAGCAAUGUUAAUUAUAUCGCAUCAGGUGGCCUGAACACCACUGAAGACUGGUGCGUUAAGACCGAUGUGAAAUCAUUACGGAUAAGAAGUACUCUUGCAGGUUAAAACUGACUUUGCGAGGUCUGCCACAGAGGUGGCUCAGUGAAGUCUUGCUCAUUAGCAGUCGCCUUGCUGUUAGCGGUUCACGUGGCAAAGGAAAACUGAAGAAAUGUGUUCACGGAAAUGGCAUGGCUUGCUUGGCCGAGAAGGCAGGAGCUCUUCAGUGCCGCUGUCCUCUACGCUGGUGCGAGACUGUGGGAUGACACGACUCAGCUG